UGUCAACAUGAGAGGUAAAACCUGUGGUAAAUUAAUCCUUGUCGACAUUUACGAAUUGAGCAAUCCUGAGAGAGCAGUGCGAGGAUAUGUCAUUAUAGACGACCAGUCCAACCACUCAUUAGGAUCAACUGAGUUAUUUGAGGGCCUACAACUGUACGGGGAUGAGCACGAGUUCACACUCGAGACCUGUCAUGGUAAGGAAUUAUGUGUAGGUCGCAGAGCAGAAAAUCUUUGUGUACGCACAAUACUAGGAGACGUUUUUCCACUUCCGAGCAUAACUGAAUCCAGUAACGUUCCUGAUGGUACCAACGAGAUUCCAAAUCCUGAGCUUGUUAGACAAAUACCACAUCUUCAGUGUAUAGCUGAUUAUCUUCCACCAAUUGACAAUAAAGCACCCUUCCUUCUUAUUAUUGGUCGUGACGCACCUGAGUUAUUGAAAGUACGAGAGUCAAUAAAUGGGCCUAUAGGAGCAGCAUGGGCACAGCGUCUUGAUUUAGGAUGGACAGUGAGUGGAGUUCUGUGCUUAGAUCGCCAAGGAGGAAACGUCCACAUCAUAGCUAGAAGAACGUCUGUUGGAUUUGAAACCAAGUAUGAGCCUUGUGAGAAUUCCUUCAUAUGUAAACAAUCGCCAAAAGACGACUACCUGAGUUUGAGUUUUAAUGAGUUUUAUACAUCACCGAGAGAUAACGAGAUUGGUUUGAGUCAUGAGGAUCGACAAUUCCUGUCUCUUAUGGACAAGAGCUUCCAUAAGAACCAGUUGGGGAAUUGGGAAGCACCUCUUCCUUUUCGGAAUUCUGAUGUUUAUAUGCCCAACAACCGUAUUCAAGCUGAAAAAAGGUUCCAGAGUCUAUUGAGAAAUUUCAACCGAAAUCCACAACUUGAGACCGAUUAUUUCGAGUUUAUGACAAAGCUGUUUAAAAAAAGCCACGCCUCACCUUCUACGAACACUGUUGGAGUAUACCAUCCACAGAAGAAGAACCAAAUCCGAGUAGUUUUUGAUUCAUCCGCUGAGUACAAGAGCACUUCCCUCAACUCUGAGUUAUUAACUGGUCCUGAUCUUAUGAACAGAUUAAUUGGAAGGCUGCAUAGAUUUCGACAAGAGGAGGUCGCAUUUACUUGCGACGUCGAGCAAAUGUUUCACUCAUUUUACGUGAACCCGGAACAUAGAAGUUACCUAUCCUUUCUAUGGUUUGAGAACAACGACCGUAAAAAGCCGGUGAUCGAGUACCAAAUGAACGUUCACUUGUUUGGUAAUGGACCAAGUCCAGCGAUCGCAACGUACGGUCUACGAAGAGCGGCUGAUGAUGUCAAGGAUAAAUACGAGUUAGCAGCAAACAAGUUUAUCCACGAGGAGUUUUAUGUGGACGAUGGUGUGUAUUCUUGUUCAACACCACAAGAAGCCAUUGAGUUGAUUAAGACUUCACAAGCCGUAUUGAACGAGUCAAACAUUAAGCUUCACAAGGUAGCCUCCAACAGCCCCAUGGUUAUGGAUGCCCUACCAGAAGAAGAUCGAGCAAAGGGACUGAAGAACCUAGAUUUUUCGUCUGAUAUAUUACCAGUCCAGAGGUCAUUAGGAGUUCAGUGGGACCUAGAGCGAGACGAGUUAACGUUCCAAGUGAUCGACAAACAAAAUCCCUACACGAGAAGAUGAGUCCUAUCAAUAAUCCACUCUAUAUAUGAUCCGCUAGGAUUCCUCGCACCAUACACAAUAGUUGGUAAGAGAAUACUUCAGAGCCUGAUUGAGUUGGGUAACGAACACAGAGGAAAUCUUGCAUGGGACGAUCCACUACCUAACGAAUUCCAGUCGGAAUGGGGCAUAUGGAACAGAGACCUGUCAUCUAUUGGAGAAGUACGAGUACAGAGAUGUCUUAAACCAGCCAGCUUUGGUAAAGUCGAACGAGUCGAGAUUCAUGGUUAUUGCGACGCAAGCCAAGAUCAGAUCGGAGCAGUCGUAUAUCUUCGAGUGAUCAAUUCAGAGAAGAGCAUUUGGGUAUCCUUUCUUAAAGGAUGUGCCAAAGUUAAACCACUCAAACAGGUUACGAUACCAAGAAUGGAGCUGUCCGCAGCCGUACUACUUGUCAACACAGUGAGAGACAUUAAACGAGAUCUUGAGUAUACAAUCGAUGAGGAGAUCUACUAUUCAGACUCCAAGGUAGUAUUGGGAUACAUCACCAACCAAACCAAGAGGUUCUAUAUCUACGUAGCAAACAGAGUUCAAAUCAUUAGAAGUUUAACAGCCACAAACCAAUGGAGAUACAUUGAGACCAAGUUGAAUCCAGCCGAUCUAGUGAGCAGAGGUUGUGGAAUCCAUAAACUUCUUAAGAGCGAUUGGUUAAGAGGACCAGAGCAUUUAUGGGAAUCUUUGAAAACACCAAGCUUUGAGGACUACACCAGUUCUUUGAGCGAAGAAGACGCUGAGAUUAGAUCCUGUAGAACAACCCUUGUAGAAAAGACCUGUUCAUUCUGUACGCUAAUCAGUUCGUACAACAGCUGGGAGAAGCUUCUGAGAGCAGUUUGUUGUCUUAAACUGUUCACUAGAUAUAUGAACAAUGAGAAGCCCGUGGUAGAGAUCAAUCCUUCUUUAAUACAAGAAGCCGAGACCGCAGUCGUCAGACAUAUUCAACAAGAGACCUUUCCUGAUGAGCUUAAGAUCCUGAAACAUCCUGAGAAGUCCAUGAAGAAAACCGAGCUGAAAACCCUUCAACUUAGAAGUUUAGACCCCUUUAUCGACAACCAUGGUACUUUGAGAAUUGGAGGACGUCUGAGUAGAGCAAACUAUUCCAAUCAAGAGAAACAUCCUUGGAUUAUACCCAAGAAGAGUCUGAUAACGCCCUUAUUAAUCCAGCAUUACCACGACGUGAACCACCACCAAGGCCGGUCCAUCACACAUGGAGCAGUGAGGCAAGCUGGAUUCUGGAUUAUCAGUGGAGCAGAGAGAGUCAAUCAUCAAAUUAGAAACUGCAUUCGCUGUAACUUCUUACGAAGACCCUUAGAGUCACCCAAGAUGUCCGAUCUACCAGAGCAAAGAUUCGAGAACAUGCCUCCUUUCACCAACGUUGGUAUGGAUGCAUUCGGUCCUUGGGAAGUCAUGACCAGAAAAACCCGUGGAGGAUCAGCAAAUAGCAAGAGAUGGGGCAUUAUGUUCACUUGCCUUGUGAGUCGAGCCAUACAUAUAGAGAUUGUAGAUGCUAUGGACACAUCAGCAUUCAUCAACGCCCUUCGCCGAUUUAUAGCAAUCCGGGGACCUGUAGCACUUUUAUGGUCAGAUUGCGGAACCAACUUCGUCGGAGCCAGAACUGAGUUACGAGAAGCCUUAAGUGAGAUUAAAGACGAAUCUGUGAAGAAAUUCCUGACUUCAAAGGAAUGUGAGUGGAGAUUUAACCCACCCCACGCCUCACACUUUGGUGGCGUGUGGGAACGCCAAAUUGGUACGCUGAGAAGGGUAUUAGAAGGCAUGCUUCUUGGUAUUGGUAAGCAGCAGCUAACCCACGACCUUUUGGUAACGCUGAUUGCAGAAGCAGCAGCCAUUGUAAACGCACGACCAAUAACAGCCAUAUCAACAGAUCCUGAGAAUCCUGAGAUUUUAGCUCCCGGCAACCUACUUACUCUUAAAACGAGACCCUAUCUACCAGCACCAGGAGAAUUUACCAAACCAGACCUAUACUGUCGUACGCAAUGGAGAAGAGUUCAGUACCUGGUGGACCAAUUUUGGAUCCGUUGGAGACGAGAGUAUAUACAGAGUCUUCAACCACGAAGAAAAUGUCAGAAUACCACGAGCAAUAUACAAGUUAACGACAUAGUUUUAGUCAAAGAUAAAGAUGUCGUACGAGGUGAAUGGAGCAAGGGAAGAGUUACUGGUGUCAAGCUGGAUCCAGAUGGAGUAGCAAGAGUAGCUGAGGUCACCAUUUAUCGAGAUGAGAAUCCCUUCCAACCGCGUUUAAAUGGACAAUACAAAACCUAUAAGAGACCCAUUUGUGAACUUGUAUUUUUGUGCCGAAUCGAUAACGAUAAACCUUUAGGAGAAAUGUGAACAAUGGUAAAAGACUUCAUCUUUUAAGUGGGGAGUGUGCUGUUCAUUGAGACUAUAGUAUAUUCGUGCGUUCAUGUUUAUUUUUGUCGUGUACGGUAAUUCUGGUCACUGAGCGAGCCGAUCAUUUUUGGAGUGUAGUUAAUCGAGUCUAUUUUACUUCGCGUCUGCGCAUUAUCACCGAAAAUAAAAUAAAAUAUAAACACGAGGAGCUGAGCGAAGUGACCAGGGUUUUCGUCGCAUAAUCUUUUUACCGCUACUUACUUGAAGAAAAUAAUAAUAUGGUUUAGCACCUAAUACUGUGUUGUGUUUUUUCAUCAUUAGAAAGGUGCGCGUAAGCUAUCUGGGCAGCUGACGGAACGGCCAUUUGAGUUGAGACUGAGCAUAAAGUACGUUUGAGAACACGUGCGCGGUCGUCUCUGUCAGCGAGACAGAACAAUACUUGUUUAUUACUUAAUAAAUCAGGAACAUAUUACUUUAAAGAUACAAUAACAACCAGAUAAAUUCACGUCCAAAAUAGAUAUCAUGUCAUCGAUUAAUGUGAAUAACAUUUUUCUCCUCUAAUAUUAAAUAACUUUAGUUAUACUGUGUACCUACAGCCGUGUAUCAAACUGUCUAUUAUCACUGUACACAUUACACCUGGUUGACAUCACACCUGUUAAUUGUAUAGGACAGUUUGCCAUUUUAAUAACGGUCGUUAUAAGGUCUGCUGUUCAGCUCCGAAUGAGUUAAUUAAGACGGACUUACGCCAUACAGUGUGCAGUGAGGGGGAUUUUAUUCGGACAGCGGCGUUACAGUCUACUCUUAUAUUGAAUUCCAACUGUCAAGGGAUCUUUUACGUACACACAAAUCUGUACACAGAUCCUAUUUCGUUUCGUUUUUAUAGUUCAAAAUUUCGUUUUACUUGUCUUUACUAUACUUGGAUCUGGAAGAGUUGUUAUUUAACUCGUGUUCUGGGUGGUGUCAGGGAUAAGCCAAUGAAACGGUCUGUUAGGCGUGUUUUUCACGGAACUGUUGGUAAUCCACUAGUAACACCAAUGCUGAUUGGUUAAUCAAAUGUCCGACGUCAUAGGGUCAUAAGUUGUUCUUUUGACCCCUGACGUGACCUAUCGCUAUAACUUGUCAGAUCUUCAUGUAGUGUAGGCCAUCGAAAGUAUAAAAAACGAAACGAAAUAGAGAUCUGUAUUUUAAUCUGAUUAUACCCAGCUUGCUUGUCCAAAUACUAUCUAGUCUUAACAGUUCACAACUGGCAUUUACACCGACACAGCAGAUACUAAAAAUAGCACAAAUAUGUUCAUAUUGGACUGAAAUUUUCUAUCCAACAACUUGAAAAUCUUCCAACCUUUUCACACAGUAAUAACAUAGUUCUUAUUUAUACGUUUCAGAUAUCACAGUUGAAGAAAUCAAGAGAAAUAUCACUUUCAACUCAGUUGCAGUCACAAGGGGCGUAUAACUCUAAUAGGCGAAAUAGCUGCUCACCAAAGUGAUCAUACAUCAGAUGUACUUGCAACAUUGUCACCCCUGGAAAUGAAUGAAACUAUAAUUAAAGAUGCUAGGAGUGGAAAUUAUAAACGUAUUAUACAUCUGAUAGACGAAUGUGCUGAUUUACCGUUACAGUAUAUAGAUGAUGAACAUAACAAUCUAUUAAAUAUAGUUUUAUAUAGUUACCGAUCACACACCUAUCAAGAUGACAGGGACGAGUUGUUACAAUGUGUAAUUAAAUUAGUUGAAGCUGGUGUAGAUGUGAACCAUCUGAAUAAAGAUAAACAAACACCUGUAUCUAUAGCUGCUAGGAAAGGAUUGUCUAAAAUUGUUAUUUAUCUGAUAGAUCAUGGUGUUGAUAUAGAGUAUAUAGAUGAUGAACAUAACAAUCUAUUACACUUAGUUUUAGAUAGUUACCGAUCAUACCACCCUGGAACUAAAGACGAGUUGUUACAGUAUGUAAUUAAAUUAGUUGAAGCUGGUGUAGAUGUGAACCAUCUGAAUAAAGAUAAACAAACACCUGUAUCUAUAGCUGCUAGGAAAGAAUUGUCUAAAAUUGUUAUUUAUCUGAUAUUUCAUGGUGUUGAUAUAGAGUAUAUAGAUGAUGAACAUAACAAUCUAUUACACUUAGUUUUAGAUAGUUACCGAUCAUACCACCCUGGAACUAAAGACGAGUUGUUACAGUAUGUAAUUCAAUUAGUUGAAGCUGGUGUAGAUGUCAACCAUCUGAAUCAAGACCAACAAACACCUAUAUCUGUAGCUGCUAGGAAAGGAUUGUAUAACAUUGUUUUAUAUCUGAUAGAUCAUUGUGUUGAUAUACAGUAUACUGAUAGGGAACAGAAUAAUUUCUUACACUUAGUUUUAUCUAGUGCAGAGAAAUAUGGUGGAAGAGAAAGAGAUGAGUUGUUACAGUGUGUAAUAAAAUUGGUUCAAGCCGGUGUAGAUGUAAACCAUCUGAAUGAAGAGCAACAAACACCUAUAGAUGUAGCUGCUAGGCACGGGUUGUAUAACAUUUUUAUAUAUCUGAUAGAUUAUUGUGUUGGUAUACAGUAUACUGGUAGGGAACAGAAUAAUGCCUUACACUUAGUUUUAUAUAGUGCAAGGACAUAUGAUGAAAUAGAAGAAGAUGGGUUGUUACAGUGUGUAAUUAAAUUGGUUCAAGCCGGUGUAGAUGUUAACCAUAUGAAUAGAUAUGAACUAACACCUAUACAUAUAGCUGUUUUGAGAGGAUUGUAUAACAAUGUUUUAUAUCUGAUAGAUCAUUGUGUUGAUAUACAGUAUACUAAUAGGAAACAGAAUAAUUUCUUACACUUAGUUUUAUCUAGUGCAGAGGAAUAUGGUGGAAGAGAAAGAGAUGAGUUGUUACAGUGUGUAAUAAAAUUAGUUAAAGCUGGGGUAGAUGUAAACCAUCUGAAUGAAGAGCAACAAACACCUAUAGAUGUAGCUGCUAGGCACGGGUUGUAUAACAUUUUUAUAUAUCUGAUAGAUUAUUGUGUUGGUAUACAGUAUACUGAUAGGGUACAGAAUAAUGUCUUACACUUAGUUUUAUAUAGUGCAAGGACAUAUGAUGAAAUAGAAGAAGAUGGGUUGUUACAGUAUGUAAUUAAAUUAGUUAAAGCUGGGGUAGAUGUAAACCAUCUGAAUGAAGAGCAACAAACACCUAUAGAUGUAGCUGCUAUACACGGGUUGUAUAACAUUUUUAUAUAUCUGAUAGAUUAUUGUGUUGGUAUACAGUAUACUGAUAGGGUACAGAAUAAUGUCUUACACUUAGUUUUAUAUAGUGCAAGGACAUAUGAUGAAAUAGAAGAAGAUGGGUUGUUACAGUAUGUAAUUAAAUUAGUUAAAGCCGGUGUAGAUGUAAACCAUCUGAAUAGAUAUGAACAAACACCUUUACAUAUAGCUGUUGGGUGCAGAUUGUAUAACAUUGUUUUAUAUCUGAUAGAUCAUUGUGUUGAUAUACAGUAUACUGAUAGGGAACAGAAUAAUUUCUUACACUUAGUUUUAUAUAGUGCAGGGAGAUAUGGUGGAAGAGAAAAAGAUGAAGUGUUACAGUGUGUAAUAAAAUUAGUUAAAGCUGGGGUAGAUGUAAACCAUCUGAAUCAAGACCAACAAACACCUAUAUCUGUAGCUGCUAGGGAAGGAUUGUAUAACAUUGUUUUAUAUCUGAUAGAUCAUUGUGUUGGUAUACAGUAUACUGAUAGGGAACAGAAUAAUUUCUUACACUUAGUUUUAUAUAGUGCAGGGAGAUAUGGUGAAAUAGAAAGUGAUGAGUUGUUACAGUGUGUAAUUAAAUUGGUUCAAGCCGGUGUAGAUGUUAACCAUCUGAAUAGAUAUGAACAAACACCUAUACAUAUAGCUGUUUGGAGAGGAUUUUAUAACAUUGUUUUAUAUCUGAUAGAUCAUUGUGUUGGUAUACAGUAUACUGAUAGGGAACAGAAUAAUGUCUUACACUUAGUUUUAUAUUGUGCAGGGAGAUAUGGUGGAAGAGAAAAAGAUGAAGUGUUACAGUGUGUAAUUAAAUUAGUUAAAGCUGGUGUAGAUGUCAACCAUCUGAAUGAAGAACAACAAACACCUAUAUCUGUAGCUGCUAGGAAAGGAUUGUAUAACAUUGUUUUAUAUCUGAUAGAUCAUUGUGUUGGUAUACAGUAUACUGAUAGGGAACAGAAUAAUUUCUUACACUUAGUUUUAUCUAGUGCAGAGGAAUAUGGUGGAAGAGAAAGAGAUGAUGGGUUGUUACAGUGUGUAAUUAAAUUGGUUCAAGCCGGUGUAGAUGUUAACCAUAUGAAUGAAGACCAACAAACACCUAUACAUAUAGCUGCUAGGAAAGGAUUGUAUAACAAUGUUUUAUAUCUGAUAGAUCAUUGUGUUGAUAUACAGUAUACUGAUAGGGAACAGAAUAAUUUCUUACACUUAGUUUUAUAUAGUGCAGGGAGAUAUGGUGGAAGAGAAAAAGAUGAAGUGUUACAGUGUGUAAUUAAAUUAGUUAAAGCUGGUGUAGAUGUCAACCAUCUGAAUGAAGAACAACAAACACCUAUAUUUAUAGCUGCAACUAACGGAUGGUAUAAUGUUGUAAUGUAUUUGUUAGGACAUGGGGCACAUGUACAUUAUAUUGAUGAAUAUGACCAGAAUAUUCUGCACCAUGUAUUGAUUAGUAUAUACGAUAUCCGCGUAGACCAGUAUUCAGACGAGGAAGAGGUAGACCCUAUAUUAUAUAAUAUGCACCGUAUUAACGGGGAAGAUGUAGACGAGUAUACAGACGAUUGUAUUAAGGUUGUUAAAACUUUGAUAAACAUGGGAGUAGAUGUAAACAAACCCGAUAAAGAUGGUAACACUCCACUGUUCAUUAUAACCCCCACCCCAUUCCCGGAAAACCCAUUAAAACAUAUAUUGUUCAGAUUACAAUAUAAUUUGAUUACUGCAUUCUACAAUGCUGGCUGUAAUGUGAAUCAUCAAAAUAAAAAAGGACAAACGCCAUUAAUGUACUGUACAAGAGGGCAAGCCGUUAUCCGUAUCUUAAAACUGAUGAUUCAACAUUCUGAUGUAAAUCUGACAGAUAAUAAUGGUGAUACAGCGUGUAGUUAUUGUGUUCAAUAUCACGUGUUAAAUUCUACUAAUAUAUUUAAACUUUAUUCUCGCGAUGUACUGAUAUCACCUAACAAUGGAGUGAAAUUAUUUCACCAGAUUCUUACUUGUAAGAGGUUGGGGCUGUUCAAUUAUUAUAUGAGAUUACAGAUGAUUGUUAAUGGUGUUACAACAGAAGGAGAAAAUAUGCUACAUCUGUUAGCUAGAGUAAACUAUGAUUAUUCUUUAGACAAGUUUAACUGGUUGUUUAAUAAAAAGCUAGACAUAAACCAUCCAUGUUCUAAAACCAAUACACCUAUUAUGAUAGCCGCCCUGUUAUUGAAUAGUAAAUAUUUAGAACUAUUCACACGUCAUCCUAGACUAGACAUCAAUGCACAGAAUAAACAGGGUUGCACAGCACUUCAUCUGUGUAUCAUUGGAUUUACUAUGGUUAAAGAUGACUUGAAUAACAGACAGAAAAAUGACGUAGUUGAGGAUUACUGUAGACAGAUAUAUCCAAUAUACAUGGAGUGUGUUGAUAUUUUACUGGCUGUUUGUAUAAACGUAAAUACUCAAGAUGGAAGAGGUAGAACUGCUUUAAUGAUGGCGACAAUGAAAAACGAUAGAUUUCUUAUACGGAAAUUACUUAAUGCUGGUGCACUGGUUAAUUACAGUGGAAAAUCUGCUUUACAUCAUCUUGAUAUUUAUGAGAGUGUGUUUGAUCUAAGUUUUAAAUUACUUGUAUCUGCGGGAGAUAAUAUGCUUCUCAAUUUACCAUGUAUUAAUGGUACCACACUGAUCCAAGCGACCUUGUGUUUUCCACGUUGUUGGGAUCCACUUACGGCUGUUAGUUUUAUUAAAUAUUUAGUCGGUGAAAACUGCUGUCUCCAGUCUCUUGUUACAUCUUCAGUUGAAAGUAGUUAUAACCAGAUUGAUAUGAGAGAACUUAGCAGUCAAGAGAGAGGUAAACUGAGAAAACUUUUAUAUCUUAGUGGAGCUCCUGAAAACCAAAUAGUAGCAACUUUAAAUUUUGAGAAGGAAGAUACAAAUAUAGAGAGAGAUGACAUGAGAAGACUAUUAUGUCUUAGAGGGUCAUCAGAAGAAGAAAUAGUACAACAAUUAAAUUUCCAGGAAGAAGACAAAGAUGAUCGAGAUGCUACAUUCCACUCACGACACCGAGUGAUAUUCACUAAGUACUGUUGUAAUAUAUCUCUCAAGUCUCAGUGUAGGAGAAUCAUCAGACAGAAGCUAGGAUUGGGUAUAAAGGAGAAGGUUAUGGAUCUAGAACUGCCUAGAGAAUUAAACGACUUUCUCCUGUUAAAAGAUGUUCUUCAUCCUAAAGAUUACAACAUAGAUAAUAUUGAUGAUGGUUGUAAUGAUUUUGAUGAUGAUGAUGGUUAUGGUGGGUAUGAUAGAGCUAAAGAUAGAGAUGAUGAUUAUAGUCGAUAUAACUACCAGUAUUUUACCCUACCUACUGAUCAUGUGCUUAGACAAAUGUGUAUUCAAGCCCGGAAAUAUCCCAAUGGCAGAUACUGGUAUGAAAUUUAACGUGAAGAUGUCGAGGUCAUAAUUAUGUGUUUUUGUAUAUUUUAUAAAUAUUUGCUUUCUGUUGACGUUAUAGUUGUUACUGGAAGGUGAUGAUUAUAGUCAGAUUAAUUAACUGUAUUUAUAACUUAUAUCUACUAGUAAAAUCCAUAAUCCAUAAAAUAAAUUGCACUGUGAUUAUCAUUCAGUAAGGUAUUCUGGGUGUAUGUAGUUUAGCUUUAGUUUAGCUAAUUUUAAUAUUCUUCAGAGUUUAUGAAUGGAUAUAAAGGAGAAUUCAAUGAUUUCCUUCUAUAAAGAAUAUAACAUGUACUAUAUUAAUUGAUGAUGAUGAUAAUGAUGAUGAUGAUGAUGAUGAUGAUGAUAAAUAUUAUUUAUAGCCCGUAUUUAUGGUGCAUUAGCUUAAAAUCGAUGCUUUAGGCUAGCGUAUUGGCAGCUCAAUUAGAUCGAUAUAUAGAUCAUCAUCAUCAUUAUUAUUUAUAGCACUUAUGUAUUGUCCCUGUAUAUAAAAUAUAUUCUGUCAUGUUUAUAAAUAUAUAUUGCUCUUGUAAUUUUGUAUAUAAAAUAUAUUCUGAAAACGUU